CUGCCCCCUGGCCGCCACGUUAAGAGCAGCGCUCCUCCCUCAGCCUCGGUACAUUGCCGUGGUGGUGCGCGCAGGCAGCAGAGGUGGGGCAGGUAGCGGGAGAUGCUGGCGACAGAGUGCAACAAGGACUGGCUUUCCGCGAACUGACCGGCACAGAGACGCGGCAGCCUCACCUCGACAAGAGAUCCAACAACGAAAGAAGCGCCAGUGUCUUUCUAACCCAGAAGCCCAACCACAGAAACAGCGACUCCAUCGCAGGUUCAACGGGAGUGCCAAAAUGCUGUGGAUUGCCAUUGUUUUGUUAUGUGGGACUGUUAAACAGCUGGAUGCAACCUGCCAGGCAACUGGGAGCCACAAAGCUUCCCCAAGCCCUGAACCAGAACUUCAUGACUGCCCAUUAUAUGCGAAGAAUGCUUGCUGCUCAGUGGAUACAAACAACAAGAUGAGUAUCUCGCCAGAGACCGCAUCCUGGAACAGAUGUGGACCCUUAAGCCCAAGAUGCGAGCAGUUCUUCAAGCAGCUAUCGUGUUUCUACCACUGCUCCCCGGACACCACAAUUUGGGCAAAUCCGACUCUUUCCAAUCACCUUCUGAAUGUACCUCUCUGCCACAGCUUCUGUGACCAGUGGUACAAAGCUUGCAAGAAUGAUCUGACCUGCACUAGGAACUGGAAUUCUGGUUUAAAGUCAUCAAAUGCCACUCAGACCAACUGUACCUCAGAAUGUAUUCCUUAUAGUAAGAUGUACAGGAACGGAAGGGAUUUGUGCGAGAGCACGGAUGGAGACUCUUUCAAGGUCAGAUCCUGCAACUGCUUGAACAUGGACAAGAACGACGAGCAAGUGAUUAAAGCGCUGACACUGGAGGACAGCACCAAGGUUGGUGCUAAUGGAAAACUCCCAUGCAGAGAGAAGCGCAGCAUCAUGAACAAGCUGAAGCUCUCCAUCCGUAAGCGCUCCCUCUUUGUGGAAGACAUUGAUGGCAGUGGAAGUGGGUUCGCACCAACUGACUAGUUGAACCACAGUCACUAAUUUUUUUUGCAUAGUUGCUAUUCCUGUUAACAAAAUCUCCCCCCUCGCUAUCUUGCGCUGAUAAAAAGCUCCAAAGGUAUCACUCACUGCUGCACUGACAGUUACCCACCCUUUCCCAAACACCAAUCAUUUUCAUCCUAGCAGGAAACUUAGUCACAUCUUCAUGAACACCCUUCUCUUCCAAGCCCACUAUUCAGCAGAGAGCCACUGAUGAGAGACCAGGGAAGGAAAAGUAUCUCCCGAUCCCUGUGGUCCCUGCUCCAUCCCAUCUUUCCUGGGUCAGUUUCCCCUCUCACAGUCGAAUCAAUUCAGUUAGGUCAUUAAUUAGUUUAAAAAUUCCAACAUAACAAGCUGAGGGGUACAAUGGGAUGCAAUACCCUUCCAUGACACUCCAGUGGCCUCAGGUCUAUCAAGAGAUGGUUAGAUAUUUAUUUCUUCUAAGCUCCACCUAGCUAUGCCUAUGUUAAUCACUGUUUACAAUGUUACCCACAGAAGAGAUGGACUGAGAAAACAGUUGUAACAAGCUGAACUAUGGAUUAUUCCACCAAAAGGAGGUUAGAUGGAUCAAAUGAGCCCUUCCCCAUGCCCAAAUCAUUUACUAAUUUCUGUAGCUUUUUCACCAAGUCCUUUCUGUCCACACAGCUUGGGCAAUUUCCCUUACCAAGCACACAACUUAAUCCACGUAGUGACUUGAUGUUGAUAAAACUAGUAAGCAUCUAAAAAUUCCUGAACUUCUCCCUAAACUCAAAUACAACUGCAGGACAGUAUCAAUCUCACAGCUGUGACCUACAUUGACAUAACUAGUAUAGGUCCAGUGCCAUUAUUUUGGCAGAGUGUUUAAAUAACUUUCCCUAAUCUUAAUUUUCAAUCCUGCAAGAAAUAAUUGUAGGGUAAAUUUAGUAAAAUGCAUCCCAUCCCAAAGAGCUACCAUUCUUUUCUGUUGGAAAUUCCUCCUAUUAUAAGGUAAAUGAUAAAAUAAAAACAACCAGAAAUACAGUCAAGUGUAUAGUUUAUGCAGUAAAUCCAGUAAUAUGCAUUAACAUACACCAUUUGAGAGCGAGCUCUGAAAUAUCUUGGCUGAGAUAGCUUAAUGCAGUUAAGUUUUCUGCUUGAUUUAGUAGUUACACAAUCUAUCCUGGAGCAAAGCUACAAACUUUGUCAAUUUUCCCUUCCAUAUAGAAUUCCCAAUUAGAUUUUUGGACAUGGAAUAGGUUGAUAACUUAUCCUAGCUUGGCUGGACACAAUAAAAAUGAUUAUUUCCCCAUCUUGUUCUGAUCGUCCUUGUUCUGUACAGCUAAUAUACAAAAUACCAAUUUUCCCCACAACAGCUUAACCUCCUUCAACUUCAGACUAAGUCAAUGGUGUCUCCUGCCCAAUAGGUGAAGGUGGUUCUUGUGUUGCAGCUGUUUGCUUUGGACUAGAUUAUCAGCAUCCUACUCUUCACAUGAUACACUAGCAUCAAGCCUCAAUCUAGUGCUUUCAAAAUUAAAGAUGAAAGUUUCUUGCAGCCUUUUUUUGUAUUUUAGACUAAGUACCUGCUGUAAUGUCUAGUAAUUGUUGGUUAUAAAGUCUAUUUACCUAUUUGGGCCACCUGCUGUGGAUUCCAGCCCUGUGCAGAGUGUGCUGUAGGCAGGAACCUUAAGAAAUAGUUGUCCUUGUAUAAAUGAAUAGUGCAUUUUCUUGUUUCUGCUCCUACUAUAUUUUUCUUAACCAGGUAUCUGUCCCUGUACUACUGAUGUUGUGCAAUUCUACAGAACUGUGAGAUUUACUAAUAAAAAUGGGAAACAUGGUGAUAAAAAAA